AUGACUCGGCUCGAGACUCAACAAGGUCUGGAACACAACGACCACGAACCAUGUUCCGUCUGGGGAAACUUGGCGGGUGACCUCGCGGCUGGCACCAUCUCCGCAAUCCUCAUCUCUCCGGCAAUCACAAUCCUAGAUCGAGCGGUAGUCGAGCGGACAACAACAGGGCGGCCCCUCAUCCGAGGGCUCCACGCCCAACUACGCUCCGCCAUCCGUCGACCCCGCGGCUUCUUCUUCGCCCGGCCCCUCGGGAUCGUCUGGACCCUGUACGCAGCAACCUACGUCACAGCCAACGCCGCCACCACCGUGGCCGAGAGGUUCGACGGUGCAGCUGCCGCAGCGAGCACAGCUACCUUUGCCUCCACGUUUCUCGUCAACGUACCCCUCGGGGUGUGGAAGGACCUCCGCUUCGCAGAGAUCUUUGGUUCCUCCUCCGGCGCCGCUCCCGAGGUGGGAAAGGCAGUGGUGGCGGCGGCCCCACGCAAGCUUCCCAGAGCCGCGACGGCGACGUUCCUCGUCAGAGACGCUGUCACCAUCUUUGGGUCGUUUACGCUCCCGAACUGGAUAUCGGCAGCAAUCCCGGACUCUGUCACGUCUUCCCCACAUGCCAAGGCAACAAUCACGCAGCUGACGGUUCCCGUGCUGUCGCAAGUCGUGGCAUCGCCGAUUCAUCUGAUUGCGCUGGACUAUUACGAGAGGCAAAGCAGGCUACCGUUCUCUAAUCGAGUUGCGCGGACGCGGGAGCACAUGCCGUCGACGAUCGUGAUGCGAUGUGUGAGAAUUAUACCGGCGUUUGGUAUCGGGUGUUUGGCAAAUUUGGAGUUGCGAUCUUUCUUCCAGCAAUGGUUUUCAGCAUACACAUAG